UUUUGUGAUGCUAUAGGGACCAUAGGAAUUUUACCAAUUGAAUGUGACACUCCUCAGAAGGCUUUGACAAUCUACCGUGAUUCCUUCCGAACAAUUCCGGAACUUCAGCUCAUUCAGUCCACUGCUUCAAUGGGUGACAAGUUCCGCUGCAAGGUCACAAUUACCGACAUAGAUACAACACGAGACCGGUGCUACCUCGGUUGUGCUAUUUGUUGCAAAGCG